AUGGCGGACUUCAUUGAAAAGAAUGAAGCCGCCAUUGGCGACAUCAGGAUCGCUUGUCAGCAUCUUGCCAACCGUCUUGACUUUGUAUUCUGGCAGGUCCUUCGAGAGAAGCUCGAGCUCCCCGAGGAUCAUCCCAUGCCCGAUACCGUGUCAGGCAAAUUCGAGCUCCGAAGAGAUUUUGGCCGGAGUCCAAAUACGCUAAAUUCUCUAACGCUGACACUGAGAUACUGCGGAGUGCCGAGCGAAUGCCACGACUUUCCUUGGCAGUCAAGCAACGUGCUUCGCGACGAUGUCGACAACUGGACUGCACUGGACGACAUCGAGGAUGCACAGGCGAUGAAAGACUGGAUGAGCAACCUUGACGAGGACUCCAAGUCUGCAUUUCGCUCACUCAUCAUACGACUAACGACAUGGGCUGUUUUGAAUGGCCUGAUGGCUGCUGAUCAGCGAUAUGGUCUGCUCACCGUGCAGUGCCUGAUCUGGAUGGUGCAUGACUUUGCUGACUUGACUCGUCAUUACCCCGAGAUCAGCGAUGUCGUCACCUCGAUCUGUGUGCCAGCGCACCUCGGCGCAUAUGGGAUGAAUCUAAACAUCGUAGCUGCUCGGUCCAGAAGAAGCCUCUCAGCACAUAUCUCAGCAGAAGCGGGCCAGAGGCUGAGAGAUGUCAUCGACAGGACAAUUAAGAGUAGCUCGCCAGUCGCAGAGCUUAGCUCGGUCUCACGGGCAAGAGAAAAGUUCUUCAGCGAUCAUCAAGUCACAAUGGCGCUAAUCUCGGAGUGCUGGACUCCUCAUAAGCAAAAGCAUUACCACGAUCUUCUCAUUACUGCGUCCACCAGCUUUCAAGAAAAACUACGAGAAGCCGCAAAAGGCCAAUUGGGCGCUAACAUUUGGCCCGCGAUUGAGAGAGUUGACCGAACUACCUCGCAAGUCUACCUGGGACUCCGCAUUGCCAAGAGCGACACCGAGGUGCCAGACGCGAAGUCUGCGAGGCUCCUGGUUGCCGCUCAUCUGGACUCAAUUCUGGAGGCAGUGCAGGACGAAUGUCGGUGGGAUCGAGAUGAAGCUCUCUUGGAUGCCCGUAUCCUGACAGAGCUGCCACCUACCCAACCCGAGCACUCUGAUCUCCCUGUCAUGUGCCAGCUCGGAAUGCAAGAGAGUCUUUUGCCACCAUCGGCCACGGCAGGAACACGAGCCAAUUCAGAAACUUCAAGAUUCCUCGACGCAGCGAAAGCAAUCUCAAAGCUCAGGUGGGAUCCUCGAUGGAACUCCUUGGAAUGGGAAAUCGGGUAUGAAGACAGGUUUGAUGGGCUCAUGUGGAAGAAUCUGGAGGACUGGCAGGCGCACACGGAAGAAGAGGAUUUCAUUCCAACGCAUCGAGUUAGGCAGAUUCGAUUGAGAGAGAGUCAGGAAGUGUACUGGAAUAGGGAUACGAGGGAUUCAUCGCUCUGA